CAUUUCCAAUUCAGAUGGGGAUCAAUUCCUGUCGGGUCUCAGGUCCGAUGCCAAAAUCACGACAGCUCAAAAGCACAAUUCCACGGCUCAGCUCAGGCCAAAGCCCCAAGCCACCCCCUCAUAUUUUUCCUUCGACUACCUCUGGAUCUGAACAAAGAUCCGUUCGAGCUAAGCAAACCUCAAGAGAGAUCAAAAAACUAUGGCUUCUGACAGCGAGAGCGUGUUCUCCGAUGACCGCAGUCGAAGAGCUUCUGUGGUGUCGAUCGCUUCUACUAUCGGUGGAGGCGAGGAAAACUCAAACUCUGGAGAGUUCGUCAUAACCUCCAGAAGCCGUGGAGUGUCUGCAAACAAUUUGGUGAUUCCAUCAACCUAUCAACUGGUUGAAGACGGCACCCAGCACUACCCGCACAUUAUCUCAUGGACAAAGGAAGGCGAUGCAUUCGAGAUUAAGGACAUCGACGCUUUGGAACGCACUAUUCUUGGCGUUAAGUUCUUUGGCACCAACAAAUAUGCUUCUUUCAGGCGACAGCUGAACAAAUAUCAGUUCGCCCGCUCACACAGGCAAUCCAUCCGUAAGGAUGUUCCCUUCACGCGGAUUGAUGUCUUCCGUCACAAGUUCUUUCAGCGGGGACGACCGGAUCUGCUGAACAGGAUCACCAGACAGUCCUCCAAUAAGCCAAAGAGUACCGAAGAAGCAAAGGCGCUGAAGACGAGGCUCGAAGAGCUGGAAGAUGUUCAAAGUGAACUGAGAAGGACCAUGGCGCGUUUGGAUGCCUCCAACAUCGAGCAGUCGACCCUCAUUAGAGUUCUCAAGAAACAUGAUGCCACCAAGGACACGGUCAUUCAAGGUUUGGAAGCCCGCCUUGGAGCUUUGGAAGACCGCCUUGCAAGGUCGUCCGCACCUCAAUAUUCCAAGAGGACCACUAACGAUCUGUUUGGUCCGACGAGAUCACCUUCCAUUCCGGGGUUUGGACCCAUCAUGCCCGCAGUCCGGUCAGAAUCAAACGAUUUCUUUGACCUGGCCAGGUCAACUUCCAUCCCGGGGCUAGGUGUCAUGCCUUGGCGAAUUGGGCAUGCCGAUUCACCGAACCUGGCCAUCCCCAUGGAAACAUCCGCAAAUCCUCCAGCAACACUACCGCCUCACCCCAAAAAGAAGCGUGGGGGUUGGCCCGCUUCCCUUCUCAAGGAUACGGAGAUGGCUCUCUGUGAUCCAGUCUUUCGGUUGGACUCAAUGACUUGGUUGAACGGAAAAUACCAUGCUCCUCAUGAUGAUGGCAGACUCUAGCUAGCUACCGUAGCCGCCCGUUCCUCCUGAGCCCCAGUUCUUCCAAACACUUCAAACCUUGCUCUCACUAGCUUCUUCCGACGUGGAAGUCCACAUCUUGCAAUAAAGAUAAACUACAAACUCACUGCAUAUAUAUAAAUCAUGAUUAUAC